CCUUUCCACACACUCCUUGCUGACAUUUCAACUGUGGCUGUCAUCGGCAGCCUCAAUCAAAAUCUCAAACAAAAGGAAACACAGAGAGUAAACAGAGAGAAACACAACCUGUAGUUGUAGUAAUUGGCUGCAUGUCAGCAGCUCUGAAGAGUCUUCUGAAGAUCGUCCUAUCAGCCUCCUGCUCUGAACUCUGCCGAACUUGAAGCAUCUCUGGAAUGUGUCUGAAACUCUUCACCCUCUGGACAGCUUCGUUUUACAAUCAAGACUUACCUCUCACCAAAAACAAUAGUUGAAUUUCUAACCAGAAAGGAAGUGAAAGAAAACUAAAGAACAAUGAACUUCACAACCACACAACCUGCAACAAGCACAAACUCAACUCCUGUGUGUGUUAAAAUUGGCGAUAGCGCCAUCAGUGACCUCCUGAUGUCUGUUUACAUCCUGACUUUUAUCUUUGGUUUAAUCUUCCAUGUGCUGACCUUGGGCCCCAUUUGCCAACAAGUGCGGCGGCAAAACGUUCUAGGAAUCUUCCUGCUCAACUUGUCCCUAUCCGACAUGCUUUUCAUCUUCACUAUGCCCCUUUGGAUCAAUUAUUACCGGCAGAACCACCAUUGGCAGCUAAGUGCUAUGUCCUGCAGUAUAGCUGGCUUCUUCUACUACUCCAACAUGUACAUCAGUCUCUACCUGCUCUGCUGUAUCUCCGUGGACCGCUGCCUGGUGGUCACCUUCCCACUCCGCUCCAAGACCCACCGUACAUCCCGCUACGCCUGGGCACAGUGUGCCACUGUUUAUCUUGUAGUGAUAACGAUGCACAUCAUGGUUCUGGUCAAUGACAAUCUCACUGACGCCCAUGAUGAGGUAAACAACAAUGACCGCUGUUAUGAGACUUACCCCAUGCAGAAGCCGGUAGCCCUGUUCAACCUGGUCAGAGUGGGCAUCGGCUUCCUGUUGCCCCUGCUGGUGUUGGCGUUGAGCUACUGGAGGGUGUUGGCCACUGUGGGCCAGAGUCCCGGCCUGAGCGCCCAGGCUAAGAGGAAGGUCCGCCUGCUGUCCUUCGGGGUGAUUGGGAUCUUCUCAAUUUGCUUUGCGCCAUAUCACAUUCUCCUGCUCACGCGCUCACUAGUCUUCUACUACAUUGAUAACACAGAUCCUCAAGGAAGUUACUGCAAGUUUGAACAAAAAAUGCACUUUUUCUUCUCAUGUACGCUGGCAUUGUCCAGUCUGAACUGCGUGGUGGACCCUGUGCUGUAUGUGUUGGUCAGUAACGGAGUCCAGGAGGAGGUGAAACUGUGCUGGAGGAGGCAUAGAGGGACAAAGACAGGGGACUGUGCUCUAACGUCAUACAGCAGAGGAAAGUCGAAUAAUAACUUAAUAUGAAAGCUUUGGUGGAUAAGUGCACCUGUGCAUUUAUAUGCAUGUGUGUGUGUGUGUGUGUGUGUGUGUGUGUGUGUGUGUGUGUGUGUGUGUGUGUGUGUGUGUGUGUGUAUGUGUGUGUGCAUGAACUCAUGGCUUCACUUUUUAAAGUUAGCGAGUAAGUAGCAGGAAUAUUUACAUCCCAUUAAUCAACCCUUCGUGCAUAUAAGUUAUCUUUUUUCUCCCUUAUAUCCUGCACAGUGUAGAGGAGGGGCUUGAAUUAUAUGCAUCUCAGAGCUCUGUAAUUGGAUUCUAUUCCCCGGUUCUGCUCUCCCAAGAGUUCUUGAGUGCCAGCCACUUCUGGCUUUUGGCUGGAGUUGAAGAGCACUUGUGUUUUCCUUCCAUCUAUACAAAGACGUGUUGAUUGUGAUUGUGUGACCCAAAGUGUAACUCUUAAAGCAUGCAAAAAAACCAACCUUUUAUUAGCAUGACUGUGUGCCUUCAUUGUCUAACCGUUAGCGCAACAUGUUGAAUGUAAAUGCAAAUAAACCAGUGGUUUGAACAGA